GGCCAUGCGUCAUGAUGGCAGCGGGGGCCGGGUCGACGCGCGCCGACGGCCGCGAUCUUGUGCCCACCGCCGUGGGCGUUGUGAUUGGCCGAAAUUCCAACCUCCCCCUUCUAUUGCCAAUGUGUGGCCAACACCGAGCAGGCGGAAAUAUAAUGCUUGUCGCGUGGAUUGCAUACAAAGAGCAAGGUAGUUUUGCAGCUGGUGGGUGGAAAUCGAAUUAAAAUACAGAGAUUUUCGAACCACGCGGAACAGGUUCAAACAAAAAACACAGACCGCGAUGGCAUCUCGACGGGACUACCUCCUCAAGAAGGGGCUCCAGGUGAAGCAGCUCAACGAGGACGCAGCGCGCUCUGCGGCCUCGCCCAAGUCGGCGGCCCGACCCAGCAGCAAAGAAGUGGCGGCGAUCCUCGAGCUCUGCCCGCCGGGCACGGCCGACGCCCGCAUCGCCCAGAUCAUCAAGCAAAACAAUGGCGACCCUGACAAGAUCUCGCUCGCAGUGAGCGAUCUCUGGGAAGAGAACAGCACGCAAGACGACUGGGCCACCGUGAGCAAGAAGCAGCCCAAGAAGAAGCACGAAGAACCCAAACCCAAGUACAACCACUCGCCGCCGCAGACGUACGGCGAUAGCAACGGCGGCCGAGGACGUGGUGGCACCCGCGGCCGUGGUGCUCCUACGCGGGGCACGUCCCGCGGCGGUGGUGCCCGCGGUGGCAACGCUGGGCGCGGCCGAAGCGCCCCGGCUCCCCUCUCCAACACACGCAGCGACGAUCCGAUUGACGACGACGACGACAAGAGCUCGGAAGAUGACGACGACGCCGAAGACGACGCCAAGCCCAAGUACGUGCCGACGCCGGUGGUCUCAGCACCGGCUCCGAUCCUUACAGGCGCGUGGGCACAGAAGCCCAGUUUUGUCGCAAAGAAGCAAGCGCCCCCGAAGCCGCAGCCGCAGGUUCAGCACCACCAACAGCAACAGCAUCAACACACUGCGUCCCCUGUCGUACACGCCGGCCCCAAGCCCGUGAGCCCCAAGACGCUUGCCAAGAACCAGACGUGGGACGUUGUCACGGACGAGCCCAAGGUCGUCAUCGCAGAGCCCGAGCCCGUGUGGCCGUCGCGCUCGCCUAAGAAGGCUGAAACGAAGAUGGAGCCGGAGGCCACGAUUGCAUCCUGGGGUGCUUCGCUGCAAGAAGCCAAGGCCCACGCCGAGUGGGAGUCGCAGCAACAGGUGCAACAGCAAGCACCGACGACGACGACAACGACGACGAAUGCAUGGGCGCGCCCGGCACCGAUCGAGACGCCCAAGUCGCCCGUGGUGUCGCCAAAGAAGGAAAAGGUUGCGACGCCCAAGGUCAUGACGCCCGUGCGUCACUCGAGCCCGACGCACUCGCUCACGUUUGGGUCGCCGUCGCCCAAGUCGUCGCCGAUCCGCAACAAGUUUAGCAUGGGCCGCUGGGAGACGGUGGCGGAAACCGAGCUCUCGCUGCAGUUUGGCAGCUUCUCGCUCGAAGCCAUUGACACGACGCCGGCGUCGACGAGCGUCGCCUCCUCGGCCACGUGGGGCACGCCGAGCAACAAGACGGCCAACGCCUGGUCGCCCAAGAAGCACGAGUCGCCCAAGGCCAAGGCGUCGGUGCCGCCGCCCGGCAUGGACGCGCAGGUGAGCCCGCGCAAGGCGUCGCCGCGCAAGCAGUACACGCCCGCGGCCCCGUCGCCGGCGUCGCUGCCCAAGCCCGACGAUGUCAAGCGCAACGUGCCCAAGUAUGCUGGCGCCAACACGCAGGCGCCGGCAUCGCCCAACAUGGCGUCGCCGUCGUUCGACCUCAAGGGCAGCAAUUUGUAUCCGGCCAACCCGAGCUCGUACAACCAGUACUCGGUCGGCAUUGCCGGACGCAACCAAGGUGCGAUCGGGGGCAACUCGACGCCGAUUUCCAAGAUGCAGCCGCAAAUGACGACGCGCAGCGCGACAACGCCCAACACGACUGGCAACGCACCCGGGCCCGUGGCGGCGGCGCCGGCAGCGACCCCAACCGCGACCAACCCCGCGCCGACGGCCAACCCUGCGGCCCAGCAGCAGCAGCAGCCGCAGCACAUGCAGCACCAGCAGCCGCCGUACCAGCAGCCGCCGAUGCUGCCGGGGCAGUCGUACCACCCCCACUUUGCGCCGCCGCCGCCGCCGGGCAUGGCCAUGCCGUACAACCCGUACAACUAUGGGAACUACUACCCGCAGCAGGGCUACGGCUACUACCAGAGCCCCCAGUACCCGCAGUACAGCCCGCGCCAGCAGUACCCGCCGCGCGGCUCGAUGCCGUACGGCAUGGAGGGUCUCCAGGGCUUCUCCAACCCGCAGACCAUGCCGCUCGGCUACCAGGACCCGCACCAAGUGCCACACGAGUAUGUGCCGCAAGGGUUUGGUGAGCUCGGGUACCUUCCGCCCCCGCACGCGCAGCCGACGCCGGCGCAGCAAGGCGGUGUGCCCCAGCGCCACUCGCUGCAGCAGCCCCAAGUGGGCGCGCAGGGCAAGCAGCAGCAGCAACAGCAGCAGCAGCAACAGCAACAACAACAAGGCGGUGUGCCGCAGAACCAGGGUCGUCCCGAGUACGCGCCGCGCGACCACACGCAGUCGCCGCCCGUGCCCAACGUCGGUGGCUACCCGCACUAUGGCGGCUGGAGCGGCUACGGCCACCAGGGCCUCAACCCGCAGGCGGGCUGGAACGGCGGGUACCCGCAGCAGCCGCAGGGCUACCGGCCGUACACGGGCAACGCCGCCAACGAUGGCCAGAACGCGUGGAGCUCCUAAAUAGGCCGUGAUGGCGUCCUCGAGGAGGUAGUAGUUUGUAAGAUAUUAUCAACCGCGAGCACCGUGUUGAUGGCACGGGUGUCGUCCUCUUCGUCACUCGACCACCGACGACUGGGCGCCGUACGAAGCGACGUCGGCUG